AUGAUAAUACAAAUUGUUCUAUUUGUUAUUGUAACUAUUAAAACAUAUUAUAGUUUUCACAUUAAUUAUAAAAUUUUACCAAAAAACAAAUACAACAAAAAUUAUACAAGAAAGGUUCAAUCUGUAAACUAUAUGUAUAAAUAUGAAAAUACAAAAUCAAGAAAAUUUAAAAAUAAAAUUUUGUCUUUUUUUUCAAACUACUUCACCGAUGAAAAUGACAAGUACAAUUUAAAUGAAGAGGAAGAAGAAUACUUGAAGAUGUUAGGUACGACUGAUAGUGAUGAUUUCAAAGAUCUAGUUAAAUCACAUGAAGAGUUUCUUAAAACGUGUAGUGAUAUUAAGAGCAAAUUAAAAUAUAAAGAUAUAUUUUUUUUUAUUACACAGAAAAUAAUUAAAAAAAAUUUACAUGACUUUAAAAGAAAACAAAAAUUUAAUAUUUUUGGAAAAGAUGAAUAUACUAGCGAAUUAUCAAUUGAUUAUAUAAAAAGCUCAAAUAUCGAAGAAAGAAUUAAAGAACAGAUGAUCAAAAAGUUAAGUGAUGAAAUGGAGACCAAAAGAUAUUUCCUUCUGCGUAUCUUUAAGUGGAAGGGAAUUUUGAAUAUAAUUAACAUAAGUACAUUGAUGCUACCCAUUAGUUUUAUUGGUUUGCUUUUAUCAAAGAUGGGCCUCUUUUCUGUUGCUGUAAAUAUGUUACUGACUGCACAUUUUUUAACUUUCAAUAAAGAUCAAAAGAAAAAUAUGAAGGCAUCUACUUUACUUUUAACCCUGUUACCCAUAGUGCUACAUACGUCCCUAGGUACAGUUUGCAGCAACAUAUUCCUUAAAUAUUAUAAGUUUAAUUUACCCGCAUUUGUCAGAACGGAAAACGUUUUAUCUUUUUUCAUCAAUAUACAACUGUAUAUAGCCUCCUUAAUUUAUUUUAUUAAUUAUGACAAUGAGGUAGAUACAGAACAAAUUAAUGAUAAUUUUAAAAAUGAUUAUAUUGAUUUUAAUAAUAAUAUACUAUCGAACGACGAUAUAUAA